AUGCCGCUUCAUCUUCUAGGCAAGAAGUCGUGGAACGUCUACAAUGCCGACAACGUCGCCCGCGUUCGUCGCGAUGAGGCUGCCGCGAAGGCUGCCGAGGAAGGGGAAGAGCAGCGCAUGCAGGAGAUUGAUGCGCAACGUCGAUUAGCCAUUCUACGUGGCGAAGAACCUCCUCCUAUCGAAGAACCUGAAUCACCUAAGCCAAACGAGACAUCCAUUGGUGAUCGCGAUGCUUCACAUAGAGGACCGCGACGAAAGCGAAAACGACCAGACGAGGAUGACACCGACUUCGAAAUGCGAAUAGCAAGAGAGAACGAAAACAAAGCUCUCAUGAAAACCGAGCCUGAGCGAAAGAGUACAAGCUCUGCGCCUAUUGUGGACCACAAUGGACAUAUCGAUUUACUCGGCGAUGAGAAGUCAAGGGCGCACGCAGAAAAGAAUGAAGAGGCCGAGAAAGAAGCCAAGAAAAAGAAACAGAGCUAUGAAGACCAGUUUAUGAUGCGUCUCUCGAAUGCUUCAGGGAAGGAUGGUGUUCUACGACCAUGGUACUCGCAAGCUGAUGCUGCGGCCCCUGAUGCUUCGUCGAAGGAUGUAUGGGGAAACCAAGACCCGAAUCGUAGAGAUCGUGACGCUAAACGUGUAGCGUCCAACGAUCCUCUUGCCAUGAUGAAGCAAGGAGCUUCCAAAGUUCGGACAGAAGUAGAGAUCGACACAGAAGCAGGGACCGUAGUCGUGAUCGAGAGAGACCAUCGGAUCGCCAUGAGCGAAGACAACGGUCUAAAGAGCGAGGGCAUGAUCGUGAUCGACACCAUGAUUCACGGAGUCGAAGACAUGAGCGUCAUGACAGAGAACGGUCUCGGCAUGGGAGAAGGCGCCACGACGAGGAUGAACCACGAAGAGAAAGGAGUAGACAAGAUAAAGAACACCACGAGAAACAAGACCUGCGAUCUGGAGAAAGAGGAGAUAAAGAACGACGAUAAAGUCGUCAUGAACUGCGAUAGCGAUCAACAUACCCUUUUGACUACUUUUUAUACUGUGAUCCAUGAAGCAGUUUGA